AUGCCGUCCUUUACUAUGACCGAAGGUGGUUUUGGUGUGGGUGAUUAUGUGGUUUUCGGGACGCUGUGUAGUAUGUCCUGUGCUGGUGGGAUUUGGUACAGUGCGGUGGGAUCAAGGACGAAGGCGGUACGAGAUCUUAAGGAUUACCUGCUGGGUGGGAAGUCGAUGUCGACUUUCCCAGUCGCAAUGUCAUUAAUAGCCAGUUACGUAUCAGGCGUUACUAUUCUCGGUACCCCAGCGGAGAUAUACAACUAUGGUACCCAGUAUUGGCUCGUGAUUGUUGGAGUGGCUCUCAGCUGCCUCAUAGUGGCUACCAUGUACCUGCCGGUGUUCUGCACUUUGCGACUUUCGUCUUCAUACGAGUAUCUCCAGCUGCGAUUUAAUCGUCAUGUGCGAGCUGUUGCUUCUUUUUUAUUUUUAUUGGAUGAAGUGCUGUUCCUACCAAUGGUUAUCUAUGUUCCAGCUUUAGCAUUUAAUCAAUUGACGGGUUUUAACGUGUUCGCUGUGGCCGGUGUCAUGGUGCUAAUCUGUGGACUAUAUACAGCAUUGGGUGGUCUUAGAGCGGUUGUGUGGACGGACUCCUGGCAGACCGGUGUGAUGUUCAUCGGAGUGUUUCUGGUAGCGAUAGCUGGCACCUUGGCGGUGGGAGGCGUGUCUACUGUCUUCGAUACGGCUGCGGAGUCUGGUCGACUGGAAUUGUCUAAUUGGAGUUUUGUACCCUACGAACGUCAGACUGGAUGGGGUGCGGUCGUAGGUGGUUUCUUAUACUGGACUUGCUUCAACUCCGUCAAUCAAACUAUGGUUCAGCGAUAUAUCUCUUUGCCCAGUAAGAGGAAAGCUAUCACGGCCUUAGGUAUAUUCUGCAUUGGGGCAAUGCUAGCGAUAUCCUUAUGUGUAUGGUGUGGGUUGGCUGCAUGGGCUGCGUGGGUACAAGGCGGCUGCGACCCUCGUGGAGCGCCACUCGUUGAUGAUAGACUGCUCCCAGCAUUCGUCACUUAUGUGGCCAAUGUGCAGAAGCUUCCAGGGCUUGCUGGAGUCUUUUUGGCUGGGGUUUUUGGAGCUGGUUUGAGCUCCUUAUCAGCAGUGUUGAACGCAUGCGCAUUGGUAGUUGUGGAGGACAUAAUGCAUGGUUGGAUGCAAAUCCGACUCCGUCCGAUGGUGGAAGGCAUUCUCGCCAGGUCUGUGACGGGAAUUUUGGCUGUCUCCUCUCUACUAAUGCUGCUUGUCGUUCAAAAACUCGGUGGUGUUCUUGGAGUGGCAACAGCCUUAUCAGCUAUAGCCUCUAGUUCGACGUGUGGUAUCUUUACCUUGGGUAUGGGAUGUUGGUGGGUGGGACCUCGUGGUGCCAUCGCUGGUGGGAUCGCUGGAGCUGUGGUUGCUGGUACAGUAUCAAUGGGCACUCAAGUGGCAGCUGCGUCUGGCUUGAGGUCUCCUCCACUUAACUUCACCUCUGAAUGUGUCAAGAACGCGAGCUUUGUGUUUGAACAUAGUACAGUCGAUCCUGAAUCAGUGUUCCCCCUUUUCCGUCUUUCCUACCAUUGGAUUGCCCCUCUAGGUCUCCUGGCGACUAUUUUAGUCGGGGCCAUAGUGGGAUGGUUCUUUGACGAGAGGGAUGAUAGCAAAAUGGAUGCUGAACUAUACUUCCCUCUGAUAUGGAGGUGGCUGCCCACGGAGUCCAUUGAGAGGGCAGGGGAGAUUAGGCGAAUUAUUGCUACUAAGGAGGUGGACACGCCGGCCCCGUCAUCCCCUUUAAUAUUGGGUACGAUUACUGAUAAGGUCCCAAAGGCUGAGACGAGUAGAUGA